AUGGAUACGGUUGAUAUGGAUAUUUGGUCCGAUGACGAAGCGUUUGCAAAUAUUGAUCUAGAGCAAUACAAUUAUGAGAAUACGAUCCCUGGUUGUUUGGAAAAAACAGGUCCAGAUAAAUUGGAACAGACAUCUACUGAUCAUGUUGACAAUGUCCAAGACCGUGUGAACCAGAUAGCCCCUUAUUGUAUGAACCAGAUAGCCCCUGAUCGUGUGAACCAGACAGCCCCUGAUCGUGUGAACCAGAUAAACCCUGAUUGCGUGAACCAGAAAGCCCCUGAUCGUGUGAUCCAGAUAGCCCCUGAUCGUGUGAACCAGAUAGCCCCUGAUUGUGUGAAUCAGAUAAACCCUGAUUGUGUGAGCCAGAUAGACCCUGAUUGCCUGAACCAGAUAGCCCCCGAUUGCGUGAACCAGAUAGACCCUGAUUGCCUGAACCAGAUAGUCCCCGAUCGUGUGAACCAGAUAAACCCUGAUUGCGUGAACCAGAUAGCCCCUGAUAAUGUGAACCAGAUAGCCCCUGAUCGUGUGAUCCAGAUAGCCCCUGAUCGUGUGAACCUGAUAGCCCCUGAUCGUGUGAAUCAGAUAAACCCUGAUUGCGUGAACCAGAUAGCCCCUGAUUGUGUGAAUCAGAUAGAACCUGAUUGCCUGAACCAGAUAGCCCCCGAUUGGGUUAACCAGAUAGACCCUGAUUGUAUGAGCCAGAUAGACCCUGAUUGCCUGAACCAGAUAUCCCCCAAUUGCGUGAACCAGACACCCCCUGUUUGUGUGAGUCAGAUAGACCCUGAUUGCGUCAACCAUAUAGACCCUGAUUGCCUGAACCAGAUAGCCCCCGAUUGCCUGAACCAGAUAGCCCCCGAUUGCCUGGACCAGAUAGCCCCCGAUUGUGUGAACCAGAUAUUCCAAGAUUGUGUGAACCAGAUAGCCCCUGAUUGUGUGAAGAAGGCAGCUCCUGAUCAUGAAUUAGAUAUAACCCCCAACGUCCUUGAUACAUUGUUUAAUCCACCCGGCUGGGAUCAGAACAUAAAUCUACCAACCUUCGCAGGAAACCAAGAGAUGAAACCUGGAUGGUCUACAGAAGAUGACACACCAUUGAUAAAUCUAAAGCUAGUGCAUCUCGACGGGCCUUCAGAAUGGGACACAGAGGAUGAAAGACCAUUAGUCACCAAUAAAUACAUAGGAAUUGAAGAAAUGAACAGUGAAUCAGAGGUUAUUGAUGAUGUGGACGCUGACUCUAGUUUUAAUCCAACUCUUGCUGAUAUUAACUCAGAUGAUUCUGAAGCAGAUAUGUUACUGUCUUUGUGUGUGAAAAAACGCAAAAGCACUUUAAAGUCACGAGACAAAGGGUGGAAAAAGAAACCGACCAAGGCAUUCGGUAAAACAUCCACAACACCUCUGAGUAGGCAGAGCAAAAGUAGGUCCUACAAUCAAGUACUUGAACCAAGAAGUUGCAAAAACUACAAGGAAAGUAUGAGGCGUAUUAAACGCAAAAGUCUUCAAGAAAAGCUAAUAGCUGACAAGGCUAAACAAUACCACAGAGAACGGUUGGACAAUUUGCUCAAUAGCAAUGAGUUGAAAAGAGUAAAUGUUGCUCCUCAUGGAGACUGCUUUAUUGAAGCAGUUCUUCUGAAUUCAGGUGAGGAAAACCUGUAUCAUAAUAUUGAUGAGUUUAGGCAGGUUGUCUGCUGGCAUCCCCUUCAGCAUUGGAAGCGUCACACGCAAAUGGAGGUGGACUCUGUUCAUUCAAACAUUGAAUGUACAAAGAAAAAAAACAGAAGUAUUUGUUCCAAGUCAGUGAAACACUGUCAUCACCCUUUCUAG